CUUACCUUGACCAUGCCGGUUCAGCACUUUUCCCAGAGAGUCUCCUUAAAGCUUUUACUGAUGACCUUAGAAGCAACGUUUAUGGCAACCCUCAUAGUCAGAACAUCAGUAGCAAGCUGACAUACGACACAAUCGAGCAUGUCCGAUACAGUCUUUUUCUAGAGCAGAAAUGGGACUAUUUGAAAAUGCAUGAAAAAGCGAUGAGAUUUGUAGCACAAAGUCAGGAGCCAAAACCUUGUCAGUGGAUGAGAACUGCUAUGUAAGGAGAUCACAAUGAGCCUUGAGGACAAAAUAACCUUUUUGUGUCAGACAAGAUGAGAGACAGCUACUCAGGGGCAACAAGCAGGUCAAAGUGCCAGAAGAGGAAACUGUUUCUUGCAGUAGAAUUUGGUGGGCAGUGGGACAAUGGAGGCAUCCCAAAGGCAGAGAAAAGCCCUCUAAGGAAGAUGUGUUACAGUAGAGACUUUGUCGACAGAGAAAAAGGCAUGACUUGGAACAUUAUAAAUAUUGCAACAUUUUAACACCACUGCUGAAGAUUAUACCGUCAUUUUCACAUCUGGAUGCACAGCUGCGCUUAAACUGGUAGCAGAAGCAUUCCCUUGGAUACCUGAAGGCACAAAGGAAACAAGUAGUCGAUUUUGUUUCCUGACUGACAGCCACACAUCUGUGGUGGGUAUGAGAGGGAUAACUGCCUUAAUGAAUGUCUUGUCUGUUCCAAUAAAACCAAAGGAACUAUUGUUAUCAGAAGAAAACAAGAUACCAGCUGAAGAACAAAACUGCACGACACCUCAUCUUUUCUCUUAUCCGGCUCAGAGCAAUUUUUCUGGUACCAAAUAUCCCCUUUCAUGGAUACAGGACAUAAAAUCUGGAAAACUCUGCCCCGUCAAUAUACCAGGGAAGUGGUUUGUUCUACUCGAUGCAGCGUCAUAUGUGAGCAGUUCUCCUUUAGACUUGGGAGUUCACCAAGCUGACUUCAUCCCCAUCUCAUUUUAUAAAAUUUUUGGAUUCCCAACUGGUUUAGGAGCAUUAUUGGUAAAUAACAGGAUUGCCCCCCUCUUGAGGAAAACUUAUUUCGGAGGUGGAACUGCAGCUGCCUACCUUGCAGGAGAGGAUUUUUAUUUCCCAAGGAAAUCUAUAGCAGAAAGGUUUGAAGAUGGCACAGUCUCUUUUCUUGAUAUCAUUGCUCUGAAACAUGGAUUUGAUGUUCUGGAAAAACUCACAGGUGGAAUGGAGAAAAUAAAACAACAUACCUUUGCAUUAGCUCACUACACCUAUAAUGUGCUGUCUACCUUAAAAUAUGCCAAUGGGGCUCCUGUAGUACGUAUUUACAGCGACACAGACUUCAGCAAUCCUGAUGUCCAGGGUCCAAUCAUUAAUUUUAACGUGCUCGAUGAAAAUGGAGAGGUGAUCGGCUUUUCACAGGUGGACAAGAUGGCCAGUCUCUACAACAUACAUGUCCGCACUGGUUGCUUCUGUAACACAGGAGCCUGCCAGAUGCAUUUGGGCAUAAGCAACGAGGACAUCCAAAGGAACCUGCAGGCUGGCCACGUCUGUGGAGAUGAUAUAGACCUACUUGAUGGACGUCCCACUGGUUCUGUGAGAAUAUCCUUUGGCUAUAUGUCUUCUUUUGAAGAUGCACAGACUUUUUUGAAAUUCAUCAUAGCCACCAGACUCUCGAAGUCAGACACUGAGAUUCUCGUCCAGUCCUCUGUUACAAAGUUGACAACAGAGUCUGUCCCAGAUGACCUGCCUUCCUUUAGCAAUGCAGAUAAAUUGUGUCCACUACCACACAUCUUGGACAGAGAACUCAAGCAUAAUUUGUCUGCAAGAAAGAUGACUGUCAACUGGCAGCCACCAGAGGCUGAGGCAGAAAGCAUAAGGGCAGCUGUUUCUGAGACGGCAGUACCAACAUGUAGAAGAGGUAGCAAGCCCAUCACCGUCACCAACAUUUACCUCUACCCAAUCAAAUCCUGCUCUGCGUUUGAGGUUACAGAAUGGCCAGUAGGAAACCAGGGUUUGCUAUAUGAUCGCAACUGGAUGGUUGUAAACCAGAAUGGAGUCUGCAUCACUCAGAAGCAGGAACCAAGGUUGUGUCUUGUAAAUCCUUCAAUUGAUCUGAAGCAAAACAUUAUGGUCAUUGAGGCAGAAGGCAUGGACCCAAUAUCUGUAUCACUAGAAGAAAAUACUGGAAAAGAGACUGUGAUCUGUGAAAGUAAAGUCUGUUCACAUAGGGUAAAAACAUACGACUGUGGAGAAAGAAUUGCUGGCUGGUUCUCUACGUUUCUUGGUCAUCCAUGUCACUUGAUAAGACAAAGUUCAGACACGAGAAACAAGUCACAUCAGAAGAACACAAAAGGUCUGGCAUCUGCUGCAAACAUCUCACUCUCUCUUGUGAAUGAAGCACAAUACCUCCUGAUAAAUGUAGCAAGCAUUCUGCAGCUGAAAGAACAUGUUUCUGCAAGAUUAGAAGUGCCAUUGGAAAUAGAGGAAUUAAUUCAACGUUUCCGUGCCAACAUUGUCAUCAGUGCACCAGAGUCCUUCGAAGAAGAAGAGUGGGCUGAGAUAUCAAUUGGUUCUCUGCGAUUGCAGGUUGUGGGCCCGUGUAGCAGAUGUCAAAUAAUCUGCAUUGAUCAACAGUCUGGGGAACGAAACAAAGAAUUUCUGCAGUCUCUCUCUGCUGCCAGAGGCAGAAAGACAAACUUUGGCAUCUACCUGAUGAACCAGCCCUUGCAUUCAUCCUUUCCAGAUGUUUUAUCGGUUGGGUCUGAAGUAAUUCCAGUACUGAAGGAGAAUACAGAAAUUCAGCCACCGACAUCCAAUGAAGAAAAGUGUUCAGGGUAGAUUCUCUGGUGGAGAUGAAAUUUAUGUGUGACUCCAGGGAAAAGUCAGUAGUCAGUUAUUAAAAAAAAAAAAAAA